UUCAACUGCCGAAAACAAAUCGGAGUAAUAGGACCACGAUAAAUAAAACUCUGCCUUAUCUUGUGAAUUUGACAAAAUGAAAACAAACGAAAUGCGUGUAGAAAGUAGAUCUCUGUUCUCAGUUGAUGAGAGAGUGAAAACUUUUAAAAACUGGCCAUUUAAUGAUAAAAACAGAUGCAACGUUCGAAACAUGGCGGAAGCUGGAUUUUAUUCGGUUGCUACGGGCGACGAUGAUGCUGAUGCUGCGAAGUGUUUUCUUUGCGGCAAGGAGUUAGAUGGUUGGGAGCCUGAAGAUGACCCUUGGUCGGAGCACAAAAGUCACGCAUCUAAGUGCGCUUUUGUACAGCUUGGAAAGAAUGAGGACGAACUCUUGUUGUCGGAGCUCCUAUCAGUCGUAAAACAGUACAUGAUCAAUGAACUGAAUCAGCUUAACGAAACAAUUAAAUCAGAGCUUGAUAAUAAAGCCAAAUCCGUACGGAGGACUUGCUUGAAACUAUAAUUGAGAUGCAAGUUAUCAACUGGAAGAUUUAAAUUAAUGUUUUAACUAGAGAAUGCUUAUGGAACAUUAUCUAAAGUGAACCAGGAAUGGCCGUGAACUGAUUUAGUUUUGUAUUGCCUUAAAUACAUUGAAUCAGACACAAUUAUGUAAUCUUUCUCAACCCUUUCAUUGCCGAAACCGCCAAUUUGCGUCAUGAUACAAUAUGCUUCAUGACUUGAUAUGGGUGAAUCAACUUUUUCUUGCCUAUUAUUGCCAUGGUUACGGUCCCCUGAGUCACGCCGGUUUUACGAAAAAUUAUGCUACUUAAACUGCAAACAUGCAUUUUUGUGGUGUUAACAAGCCCGUUCCUUAAUUUGCCACCUACAAACAUGGACUACUUGCAUGCUUGCAUAAUUUCAGUAGUAUAAUUUUGCGUAAAACCAGCGUUACUCAGGGAACCGUAACCAUGGCAAUAACCGGCAAUAAAAAGUUGAUUCACCCAUAUAAUAAUACUGAUUUUAACUGUAAAUAUUGUAAUGCGAAUAUGCAUUUCCGCAAUGAAUGGGUUAAAUGUGUUGUAUUCAGGGAUUUAGUUUAAGUGCCCAUUCUGUACAGAACCUUGUAAUAAUUUGUUUGUGGAAUUAUUUGAAUUUUCAGUUGGCAGUGAAUGACAAAAGUUUGAUGCUACUUCUUCACAUUUGCAUUUCUCAAACUUUCAUGAUAUUUUUCAAUUCAAUAUGUAUAUAUCAAUAAUAAAUAUAAAUAAAUACAAAUAAUAAAUAUAACACAAACUAGUAAUGAAUUAUUUAGUGACCAAUAAAUUUUUGUUCU